UCCGCGUAUUGUUGCUAAACAACAGUAAACAAGAUGGUGGCAGUAUAGGAAAUCCCGCGUUUGACAGAAAAUUAUAUUCUGCAGCAUCACAGAUUACAAGAUGCCGAGCUCUCUACCACCUGAGAAGUCUGAAAGGAGUAGGAAAAAGCUGUCUCCUUUUGAACUGAAGAAACUAUCCCCUCAAGAAAGAAGCAGAUAUCUUGCCUAUGAGGAACCCCCUAAGCAUGUGAGUGAAGCUGUGAGUGCCACUAAUAAGAGGCUUGUAGAGCUGAAGAAAACAAGGACCAGAGAGUGUGCUCCACCUUCAGAAAAGGAAGUGGAGGAGAAAGACAAAUAUGACAACUUAAUAGGACAACUAAAGGCAGCAGAAUCCCGGAACCGGUUAAGGAUCAUGAGGCUGCGUUAUCAAGCAAAUAGGGCCCAGGAAAUCAGCCACUUGAUUGCAUGUCAGCCGGUGGCCUUGAAGGCUGUCCGACUCCAGGCAUUGCUCCCACCUUACCCAGACACCAAGGACCGAGGAGAUCGUCUGGACAAACUAGAUAGAGAGCGGGUCGAGCAGUUGCUGGAGGAUGCAGAGGGUCUCCAGACCAACAGGAUCCACUGAUCCUCUGUCUUACAUCAGCAGCAGGAGGGACUUGCUGGUGGGAAGAUGCACGUUGAUCUCAUGGUGGUUACCUGUCACAGAUUGCUGUCAUUACUUCAUCACUGUAUGGCUGUGUGUUCAUCAGUUGUUUUCACUGUCAAAUUUUAUUUAGAAGAAACUGAAAAUGUUGGAAACGAGGGAAUUUUGGUGAUUUUAAUAUGAAUUCAUAUAUAUAUAUACAUAUACUUUUAAUAUCAUGAAUAUGUCACUUUUCACUUAUUGUAUGCCGUUUUGAGGCUUUCGAAUAUUUUAUGAGUUCUGUUUAAUAAAAUAAGUUUAUAUUUAGAAUUUUUUCUCUGUGAGAUAUUUGUAUAUCUUUGUAGAAACAGUAUGACUGCAUGGUUAUAGUGCAAUAUACUUUUCAUGCCAUAGUUAUUGUAAUAUUUGUUCUGCAGUAAGUUGGACAGAAGUAUAGGGCAAUUUUUAUAAUUAUUAGUAUUGUUUAAGCUACACAAAAAUUACAUCAUUCAUCAUGAUGAAUGUUUUACAAUGAUUGAUGAAAUGGGGGAGGGAUUUUCCAUGCCUGUUGUAUCCUUGACUACAAGUGAGAGGUAUGAUCAUGUUAAUUUUGAAAUCGUAAAAUUGACCUCAGUACGGCAACAUAGCAUGGUACAGCUGUAUGUCAUAGCUUGUCAUCGGUCAUGUUGGGGAAACCGCUUGUCAUUGUUUAUAUAUAACACCGUUGUACAUAGUAACUGGCAAAAUAUACAAAGUAUGUUUCAUUUGUAUAUUGUACUGUCCGUAUUACUGAUAUAAAGUAAUUGAAAAGAUAGUUUGGAUAAUGUACUGUACAACUUCAAAUAAAUGUGUCACAUGUUAA